UGGAAACUCGGGAACUCACGGAUUCUCGUGCUAAACCGGCGACCUCCUUUUCUCACUACUGAAGUCUCUGCUGCUGAAGUCCACUCGCGGGAUCCACGGAGGAGAGAGAGAAGGGGAAGUCCGGAGGGAAGUGCGUGCGGGUGAGUUUUGCGCAGAGAUCUGUGCAUUAGCAGGUAAACUGGGGUCCAAGGUGCGCACUGAGCCGCCUAUGAUACCAACCACCCGGAUGGAAAGAACUUUAAUGUGGAAUCCUCACAGAGUUUUGCAACGGAGGCUGAGAGUGGAGACAGACUGGCAGUUUAUAUUAUAACUUAGAGGAGCCAGAGAAGAGACAGGUUCAGAUCAGCAGUCAGCCGACACUCCGUACUCUGUAGGAUCAGCAGCGACAGGGACCCGAACAGGCACAGCUCAGCAUUAUAGGAACAGGCCCUCGCGCCCUCUGCGCACCUGGAGGUCCGUGUGUGUAGGAAGAUGUCCAGAGACGAGCAGAGCUUGUCGGAGCAGGAGCUCAGUCCCGGCAUGUCGGACGACAGCCGCUCCCUGUCCCCGGGUCACUCCUCCGGGGCCACGGGCAGCGGGGACUCGCCUCUCCGGCAGCAGGCGCAGCUGGCGGGUCUGGACGACGCGUCGGCGGGCUGCUCCUCGGUGAGAUCCGAGGACGAGGACGAGCGCUUCCCCGCGGGGAUCCGCGAGGCGGUGAGUCAGGUGCUCAACUGCUACGACUGGACCCUCGUGCCCAUGCCCGUGCGCGUGAACAGCGGCGGCAAGAGCAAGCCGCACGUGAAGAGGCCCAUGAACGCCUUCAUGGUCUGGGCGCAGGCGGCGCGGAGGAAACUGGCCGAUCAACACCCGCACCUGCACAACGCGGAGCUCAGCAAGACCCUGGGGAAGCUGUGGAGACUCCUCAAUGAGAGCGACAAGCGGCCCUUCAUCGAGGAAGCAGAGAGGCUGAGGAAGCAGCACAAGAAAGAUUACCCUGACUACAAGUACCAGCCCCGGCGCCGCAAGAACGGAAAGCUUGGCUCCGGGUCCGGAAGUGAGGCCGAGGGCCACUCGGAGGGUGAGGGCCCCCACACCCGCUACAAGGGCCUCCACCUGGAUGUGGCCCUAAGUGGAGGAGCCCGGUCCCCUCUGGCAGAUGGGCACCACCCUCAUGCUGCAGGUCACAGUCCCCCCACACCCCCCACCACCCCCAAGACAGAGCCUCAGUCUGGGAAGGCAGGAGAUGGGAAGAGGGAGGGAGGCUCGGGUGCUCCGGGAUCUGGGAAACCUCACAUUGACUUUGGUAACGUGGACAUUGGUGAGAUGAGCCAUGAGGUCAUGGCCAACAUGGAGCCGUUUGAUGUCAAUGAGUUUGACCAGUACCUUCCCCCUAAUGGGCACCCGGGGGUGGGGCAGAGUGCUGGGGGGGCUGCAGCUGCAACAGCCUCCCCUGCCUCGGCGUACACCUACGGCAUCUCCUCAGCUCUGGCAGCGGCCAGUGGACACUCGGCUGCCUGGCUCUCCAAGCAGCAGCCCCCCCAGCAGCACCACCACGGCUCCAGUCUGAGCUCAGACCCGUCCAAGGCCCAGAUUAAGAGUGAGGCUGGAGGAGCCGGGAGCCACUUCGCAGAGGCCGUCACAGCGGGGUCCCAUGUGACCUACGCGCCCCUCAGCCUUCCUCACUACAGCUCUGCUUUCCCCUCACUGGCCUCUAGGGCUCAGUUUGCUGAAUAUGCUGAUCAUCAGGCCUCGGGGUCGUACUACGCCCACCCAAGCCAGGCCUCUGGGCUGUACUCUGCCUUCUCUUACAUGGGGCCCUCCCAGAGGCCCCUGUACACGCCCAUCAGCGACCCAGCCAGCGUGCAGCAGUCGCACAGCCCCACACACUGGGAACAGCCCGUCUACACUACCCUGUCGCGGCCAUGA